AUGUCCGUUUCAGCAAGACGACAGCUGCUGGAUAAGUUUAGCCCGUUCUACUUCGUUACCGUGAUGGGUACCGGCAUCUCGUCCAACAUUCUGCACUCGUUUCCUUACGACGCUCGAUGGCUGCGUAUUUGUUCUUAUAUCAUGUUUUCCGUGGCGUGCAUUCUAUUUGUAACGCUACUCACCAUGCUAGCUGCCGUAGCUGUGGUACACAUGCGAGAACGGAGUCUACGCAACCUUGGGAGGCUCUACUUCUUCGAUUACACCUACAGCUUGUUCUGGGGCACACUGGUGAUGGGCUACAUCACCAUCAUCAACUACAUCUUCCAGCUCGCAAAUGAUGAGCUAAAAGGCCGAUCCGUGGCUAACGGUCUGGUCAUCUUCGUGUACGUGCUGUGGUGGACUAGUGUCGUGCUGUCGCUGGGAUCGGCCUGGGGCCUCACCUUUUGUAUUUGGCUCAAACACAAUCGAUACUGGGAUGAUUCUGACCUGCAGCCGUGUACCAAGAAUAUGCAGCAGCGACUGCAAAGCACACUAUUGCUCCCCGUGGUACCACUCGUCGUUGUGACAUCCAGCAGCGGUAUUUUUACGAUGUCCCAGCUAUUUGUUGACAAUACAACCCGCAAUGUCCAGCUCCUUACACUUGGCGUGACGGCUUUGAUUUGGUUUAACGCUUUGUUGCUCACCGUCUUGGUCGUGAGCACUUAUGUUUGGAACCUGUACGUCAAUAAAAUUCCUCCACUUAAUUUGAUCUUCACCAUGUUUCUGGUCGUGGGUCCCAUGGGCCAAGGCGCAUAUGGAAUCAUGUUGUUCACCGAUAAUAUCAAGCGCUACAUAGAGCGCUAUUACCCAUUCACAGCUGCGGACGGUGAAAUCUAUCUGGUGUGUCUUGCUGUCAAAUGGUCUUUCAAGGUCUGUGGUAUUGUGCUGAGCCUACUAUUAAUUUCUAACGGAAUAUUCUUUACGCUUUUGGCGUUUGCUGCGAUUGCAUCUUAUGGCAGCACACUACGGUCCCGCCACACAGGUCCCAAAGUAACCGCUUUCCACAAGGGCUGGUGGGCCAUGACAUUUCCUUUGGGGACAAUGGCCUUAGGAUCAAAGGAACUAUAUGCGCAGUAUCAUCAGUACGUUCCCAUUUCGGCUUUUCGCGUUGUGAGCGUGAUAUACUCUGUCCUGUGUGUGGGUUCCACCAUUGGUUGUCUGGCGGGGUCUAUCUGGAUAUUUUCUAGGCAUCUUCUGGCGCUUCGUUCAUCUAAACCUAAACUUUUGUCAAACGAGUCCCUAACGGACACGUCCGACCAGAACCAAAAAUUAUCACUAGAAGCAUAG